AUGCGUCCCUUUCUCACCUUGUUGACCGGAUUUCUUGCGAUCGUGGCGGCCUAUCACAUCCCCGGUAGGAGCUUCGAUAGAUUAAUCUGCAUAUUCUUGGAAAACCAGGACUUUGCCAAAGCCGUCAAGGAUUCCCACAUCGUCGAUCUCAAAAAGGAAGGGAUUCUGUUGUCCAAUUACUACGCCCAAACCCACCCCAGCCAACCGAACUACAUCGCAGCCCUCGCCGGUGACUACUUUGGCCUAAACCACGACGAACGCAUACGACUGCCAAUUAACGUCUCUACCAUCGUGGAUCUUCUGGACUGGCGGGGUCUAACAUGGAAGGCCUACAUGGAGGAUAUGCCCGGUCCGGGCUACUUGGCCGAUGCCAGUGAUGGCCAGACUGGCGGUGGCAAGUGGGACUACGUCCGAAAGCACAAUCCUUUUGUCUCCUUCGACUCCAUUAAUCUCAAUGGAUCCAGGCUGCUCAACAUCCAGGCCUUCGACGACUGGAAGUCCGACUUCGAGGCCAAGCAGGUCCCCCAGUACGUGUUCAUGGCACCCAACAUGAUGAACGACGGCCACAAUACGACGCUCGAAUAUGCCACCAAGUGGGCCCAUGACUUUUUGAAGCCCAUGUUGGCUCCAGGGGCAUUCAAGGAGCGGACGCUCAUCCUCCUAACCUACGACGAGUCCGAGGACAAAGGGAAGCCCAACCAGAUAGUGUCGUUGUUGAUGGGUACCGCGAUUCCCAAAGAUCUCAAAGGCACAGAAGACAAGACCUUUUACUCGCACUACUCGAUGAUUUCGACCGUCACAUUCAAUUGGGAACUCCCGAAUCUCGGGCGAUACGAUGUUGGCGCCAACAUCUAUCAGUUUGCUCAAAACUUGGGAAGCAAAGUCCUCGUCGCGAACAAAGACCCCCCUAACAUGGCCAACGUGAAUAACUCGGAGUCGUAUCCGGGACCACUGAAUAAUGAUAGCGCCAAGUUCCGACCUUAUCCGCCUCCCAACCUCGGUUUGAAUGGGUCGAGUGGACUAGCGAUCUUGGAGCAUGUCCGUCUGCAGUGGGUUUUCCACAAACAGGACACACCUUACGACGGCAAAGGAACUCUGUACGAUGCGAAGUUCCAGCCUCAGUACAUUCCGCAGGUUGCCGUCAAGCAUGGAGCUUGA